UUUUAUAUCAAUAAAUAAAAAAAGUUAUUUAAAACUUUUUUGCAGGCAUUUUAAGAUGUGUCAGAAUAAAGCUAUUCACACACUUAUUAAGUGAUUUAUCAAAGUCACAUAAUUUUGACUUUGAUAUUUAUGGAACAUUUAGUAAUUUUAUUUAAGUAUAAUUUGUUUGCGGUCCCCUGAAGUAGAAACCCGUAGCCAGGACUACAGUUUACACGAGAGACGCUACACAACAUGACUACGGUGCAGAAAGAUAUGAUUAAAGAUGUGCUAUACGAAGACGCGGAAAGUAUAAUGCUAUGUCUACAAGGUAGAGUUGUAAUGGAGAACGAAGAGGACAAGGAUGUGUUUAAUAAGAAGGAUGAGUUUGGACGAAACGUCCUGAUAACGGCCUCCAUGUUGGGAAGGAGCGACAUGGUCAGAGAACUAGUCCAACACGGAGCACAAGUCAAUGAACAGAGUACCAGAGGGUAUUCAUCACUCCACCUUGCUGCUUGCUGGGGACACUUGGAGACUGUAAAGACUCUAAUUGAGCUGCAAGCUGACACACAAGUUGUGACCUUUAAAGGGGAGAGGCCUGUGGACCUGGCCAGGAGAUACUCCAGGACAGAUUGUGUAGACUGUCUCCUUCUAGCAGAAGCUAAACAAGACUUGAUAUCAUUCAUCACCUUCAUCAAGGAAAGAAUGUCAGAUACUGAUAAGAAACUCCCAAAGGAUGAGAAGACCCUCUGUACGCGAACAUGUGCUGCCAAGUUAGAUUGGAUUCAGAAGUUCGAAAACCCAACGGUAGCGGACUUCUUAGCCCAGAAAAAAGAAAUGGAGGAGAUACUACAGCAUAUUCUUAUUAAACUGACCACUUGAUACCUGUCAGUAUUUGUUGCUAUAAUUAUAAAUACUAUUAUUAUGAUGAUUUGAUUAUGUUUUUCACUGAUGAAGAUAAAAGUAGAAUUUGCACAUGCAACUAAAUAUGGCUCCUGAGUGACCUGAAGGGAACUCCUUAAUGAUUCAUAAAAUUCUAUGCAUCUAUCGUAGUAGUGUUUUCAAACAAUGACAUCAGAAUGAAUGAUCCAGCUAUUAAUCAGUAUUGUCAAUCAUGACCAAUCGUACUCACACCCCUAUUUCAUCUUCUGACAUUUUUUCUAUUUAUGUGUACCCCAAUACCAGUUCCACACUUGCAGGUUAAAACUAACCUCACGUCAUGUUUUACUCCAUCUACUGUACUGCCAGUAUUUUCCUAUAAUCAGCCUGAUCACUCACACCUCCCUCCUGUUUUACCCUCCUGCUAGUGACUCUAACAAUAAGCCUUAACACUCACACCUGUUUCCCUAUGUGUAUAUUUAAUUGUCUCUCCCUCACUUUGUCGUCACCUAUGUGCCUUGUGUUUUGAUUUUUGCUUUAGGUUGUUUUAUUUUCACCCGUUUUGACCCCAGUUGACAUUUUAUGUUAACUGCAUUUGGUCUUCACCUCCUGAGACCUGUAACAUGUGGGACUUUACAAAUGCAUAAGCGCGUUUCUUUUAGUUGACACUAGGGGGCAGUGGAGUCCGCACAUUGCAGGGCCGUAGUGCUAUACAUCUUUGGUUAUUGAUGUUGAGAAAUCCCUGUACAUGAAGACUAACCGUAGAAACUGCAGCUCACAAUAGCUAAAACUUCUUGAAUUAGCUUAGUCACAUCACCCUGUGACGUGUUAAGAGUAUUAAUGUUGCCAAUGCAUGAAAAAAUCUCUUUGAGAUUGUUUAUAACAUAAUUUUUAAAUUAUUAUUCAGCAGUAGGAUUAUUUGUUAUAUAUUUAAUAUUACAUUGGGUGUCACCCUGGCACUGCAGUUAAUACAGUUUGAAUUGUUGGCACUCCUACAUGGUCCUCCUGUGUAGAGUGUAUUCUGCCGCUACAAUAACUAAAUAACUGUUUUUCCUCAUAUGAGAAGAAUCCCACCCAUUGACUAGAAAGUUAAUACUAUUAUAAACUUUGCUGAUAUUCUUCUAGCACUAUUACACAUGAUUCAGUCUUUUCAGCUAUUAAAGGUG